AAACAAGACAACAAACAUUGAACUUGCUACCAAACGAUGACUAGUUUAGAUCAAAGACAACCAAAAUCAGAAGUAGUGAAACUUAUAAUCCUACCUGAUCAUAUACAGUCUUGUAAUUCACAACUUUCAUGGCCAUCCUCACUGAAUUAUCAGAAGAACAAGAAGCCCCAAUAACAUAUGAUGUUUUCCUGAGUUUCAGAGGGAAAGACACUCGUCUAGGUUUUACGGAUCACCUCUACCAAGCUUUGGUGAAUGAAAACAUCUCUACCUUUCUUGAUGAGGAAGAGGUUGAAACCGGUGAAAAACUUAAACCCGAGCUUGAAAGAGCUAUAAAAGGCUCUCGUGCUUCAAUAAUUGUUUUAUCUAAGAACUACGCAUCUUCAACAUGGUGCCUGGAUGAGCUCAUGAUGAUCCUUGAGCAACGAAGGGACUCUAACCAUAUUGUCCUCCCCAUUUUUUACAACGUUGAGCCUACACAUAUCAGGAAGCAAAAGAGCACUUUUGGAAAAGCGUUAUUUAAACACAAACAGAGGAUUGAGUCCGAAAAGGAUGCGGAGAAGAAAAUUGAAGAUGCUCAUAAGUUGGAGAUGUGGACGAAAGGACUUACAAAGAUUGCUGAUUUGAAAGGAAAAGAUGCAACUGGGAGAAGAGAGACGGAGGUCAUUGAAGAAGUCGUGAAAGAAAUUAGUACGAGACUGGAACUACACUUGCAAACGAGAAUGCCACUCAUAAUUGGGAUGGAGGAUUCUAUUUUUACCAUCAGUUCCUGGAUAAAAGGGGGAUCUUCUGAAGCUGCUGAAAUUCUCACAAUUUGGGGAAUGCCUGGGAUCGGGAAAACAACAUUGGCAAAACAUAUGUAUAUGUUGCACUGCCAUGAAUUUGAAAGAAGUAGCUUUGUUGAAGCCAUUGGAAGAAGAAGCGCACAACAAACAUGUUCCCAACUAGAUUUGCAAAAACAGCUACUUGGAGACAUUCUCAAGAAAACAAAGAUUGAAGAGAAUAAUGCAGAUCUGUGCACAUCUAAGGUUGAAAAGGCAUUAUCUAGGAAGAAUACACUUUUGGUUCUUGAUGAUGUUGAUAACUUUGAGCAACUGGAUGUGUUGAUUGGAACAAAAGGUUUUCAUCCAGGAAGCAAGAUUAUAGUAACAACCAAAGAUAAGUCCCUAACAGAAAAGUGUUCAUUGUUUCGUAUGAAAUUCCCUCCAAAACAUACAAAGCAUGCACUUCGUGUCUUAAGUGAUACUGAAUCUGUAAGACUUUUAUGUUGGCAUGCAUUUGGAAACAAUGAUCCCAGGAAAGGUUAUGAGAAAGAAGCAGAACAAGUUGCCAAGUAUUGUGGAGGACAUCCAUUGUCUCUUAAAGUUUUGGGUAGCUCAUUAAUUAAUAAAGAUGCAGCCAUAUGGAGUGAUGUCCUUGAAAUGUUGGAGGCGAAAGGAUAUUUAACAGAUGUACAAGAUGUUCUGCAAAUUAGCUUUGGUUCUUUAUCAGGGGACUGUAAAGAACUUUUCAAGCACAUUGCUUGCUUUUUUGUUGGAAAAGAAAGAGAAUUUACAGAAACAAUAUUAAAGGAAUGCGGGUUUCAAACAUCAUAUGGGAUUAAAAAGCUCAUCGAUAGAUGUCUUCUCACAAUUGGAGAUUAUAAUGAGUUUACAAUGCAUCAGUUGCUUCAAGAUAUGGGGAGAGAUUUAGUACGCAAAGAAUCACCUGAUAAGCCAUGGAAGCGUAGUCGAGUAUGGAAACAUGAGGAGUCCCUCAAUUUAUUGAAAAAAGACAAGGGUACCCAAAGAACUCAAGGUCUUAUCCUUGACAUGAAUUUAUUGAGGGAAGAGACAUUAUGUAGAUCAAUAAGUAAUGUGACACAGCAUAAUUUCCAAAAUGAUGAUCUGAACAAGAGUUUUGGAGCUGCUCAACCAAUCCAGAUUGUCUAUGAGUUCUUUUUAAGAAUUUUGUUGUUUUUUGCUCGACUUCUACUAAUGCUUUCGUCUUCUCGUUGCAAAAAAGUCGAAUUAAGAGCAGAUGCAUUAAGAAAGAUGGAUAAGCUAAAGCUGCUCCAACUCAACAAUGUAAAAAUGGACGGAUCUUACAAGAAUUUUCCAAAAGGUUUAAGGUGGUUGUCCAUGCAUGGAUUCCAUUCAAAUGUCAUACCUUCAGACUUACCAAUGGAAAAUUUGGUUGCUCUUGACAUGUCUCACAGUAAUCUGACACAGCUCUGGAAGAAGCCUAAGGUUCUUGGGUCAUUGAAGAUUCUUAAUCUGAGUUAUUGCAAGCUUGUUAGAGUUGAAGGCUUCUCUGGGCUACCUGCACUCCAGAGGUUGAUUCUUAAAAGCUGUGAAAGCUUGGUUCAUGUGUGUGAGUCAAUUGGCGGAUGUGAUGGCCUUGUUAUUAUUGACUUGAGCCAAUGCAGUAAGCUUAAUAAUGUUCCUAUAAGUGUUAGUAAGUUAAAGAAUGUUAGAAGCUUAUCAUUAGACGGUUGCUUAGGUGCUAGUGAAUUUCUAAUGCGGAUGAAGGAUAUGGAGUCAUAUGCAUCUUCCUCUUCUGUUGGAGAAUUUUUAGGGAAAACUCCAAAAUCAUUUUUGCUACCUUCACUAGUAACCUUGUCGCUUGUAGGCAAUAAUUUAUCUAACGAAUCCUUUCCAAAGGACUUCAGUAGCAUGUCAAUGCUGAAGGAAUUAUAUCUAAGUAAGAAUCCAAUUGAUUCCCUGCCGGAUUGUGUGAGAAGCCUUAGCAGGCUUGAGGUACUCAAUGUUGAUGAUUGUUGGAUGUUGAAGUCAGUAUUGUGCCCUCCACCUACAAUCAAAUCUUUGUCUACUGAAAAGUGUUUUUCACUUAUUAAGAUAACAUUCCCUCAAGAAAUGUCGACCCCACCAGCUGUAUAUUACAAGGGUUCAGAGUCAUUGACCGAAAUUGAAGGCAUAAUAAAAUUUCAAGCUAUAGCACAAAUUGAUGAGCAGAUAUUAUGUAGCUUGGGGUGGACAAAUUUACAACAUGUGAAAGAUCAGAAGAUGCAGAUAUGGGAUUCAUAUAAAUUGUCUUUUUCAAAUAAACUCCCAGUCCAGAUGUUUUACGAAUUUGGAAUAUUUAGCACAUGUUUUCCUGGGAAAGCAGUUCCAGAUUGGUUACCUCAUAUUCAUAAAAGCAAGGGGUCAUCAAUAUCAAUAUCAAUAGCCAUGCCAUCAUCUUCAAUGAAUAAAACCAUACAAGGAAUAAAUAUAUGCUUUGUGCAUACAUUCACACGCACAGGAAAGUUAAGUUGGUUAAAAAUUAAAGUAGAGAACGUGACAACAAAUCACACCUGGAUAUAUUAUGGUCAUAUAUUUGCUUUACCAGAAACAGAUGAAGAUGUAGUAUGGUUAAGUCAUUGGAUGUUUGGGGAGAAUGAGAUUAAAAAUGGUGAUGAAAUUUGUGUUACAAUAUUAGAAGAUCCUUUGAGAAAUUUUGGAGCAAUGGUAAGAGAGUGUGCAAUCAGUCCUUUGUAUGAUACUGAUAAGGAGAAUGAAGAAGAUCCUUUGAGUUAUUACAAGUCGUGGAAACAUAUUCUUGGUGGUGAUCUGUCCGCUUUUCAACUAGACUCAGGAGACUACUUGCUAGAACGUUUUAAUAUUGUUUAUUAUACCCUUUUAUAUUAUAGGAUAAUUUCAUAUAAAAUAUCAAAUAAUUUUAUAAAGGUACACAGUUAAUUCUAAAAUAUUUUUCCAUUUCCAAAUUUAAUAGGUAAAGUAAUGGGAUUAGUUAUUGCUCCUUAACAUCGAAUAUUGAUGAACUUGCAGAUCAUGAGCGUUUGUAUUAACUGUUGGAUUAAUUCAGAAAAUAAGAUCCAGGGGUAUUUUCGGAAGUUUAUUUAUUUAAUACUUUUUUCUUCCAGUUUUUGUGUAUGAGCAGGACACCUUUAGACUUAGUAUGAAUAGGGUAUGACAUUUCUUUGUAUUUAAUUAAGAACCAAGUUUUUUUCAGCAAUUAGUACUUAGGCUCCAAGUAUAUUAUCCUCUUCAUCUUUGUUUCAAGUUCAUCUGUUUCUUUGCCUUGGUGCACAAGGUGCAGGGGAGUAAAUCUGCCCAUGUCAUUAUAUUACUGGUAUUGAAUCAGCCCUUUUGAGGCAAGUCUUUCUCAACCUAAUUGCAGCUUUUCUUUUGUUUUAUAAAAGGUUUCGUUCCAAAAAAAGGACCGGGUGUUUUCUAGUGAGGACUAAAUAGAUUAAUAAGAUGGGACAG